AUGACCCUACCCCCCGCUUACGUGGACGAACUCAACCUUCUCAACCGCGAAGUUACCACCAAACAGCCGACCGACAUUCUGCGGUUCUGCGCGGACUAUUUCAACGAACGGCUGGCCAAACGAGAAGAGGCUGACGACGACGGACCCCGUUCCAAGCCCCUGGGCGGCGGAUUCCGAGAGCCUGGCUUCGGCUCCUCUUCCAGAAGCACAGACGGCUCAUUGUUCCGGUCCUCGUUUGCCGACACGUCAUCAGAGGGCCCCGGCUCUGCCUCUAGUGAGCCUGCUGCGCCCUUCACUCGUCGAACCUCUGUUUCUGCCGAGUCCAUUGCUCCCGGUGCCUUUGCCGGUGCUGCCUCCGGCGUCGCCUCCAACAACCUCUCUGCCGAGCAGCUUGAGUCUCUCUACAAGUCUGUGAGCCACAACUUUCUGUUUGGCAAUCUUGACGAGGAAGCAUGCCGGUCCGUUCUGCAGUCGUUGCAAGAAAAGAAGUGCGACAGCGGCGAAAAGAUCAUCACCCAGGGCGACGAAGGAGACUACUUUUACAUUGUGGAGAGCGGCGCUGUCGAGUUCAUCAAGGAUGGCGUCAAGGUGAACUCUUCCGGACCCGGCUCUUCGUUUGGAGAGCUCGCCCUCAUGUACAACGCUCCCCGAGCAGCCACCGUGGUGGCCACUCAGCCCUGUGUACUGUGGUCGCUGGACCGAGUCACUUUCCGAAAGAUUCUGCUAGAUGGCACCCAUCAGCGACGGUCCAUGUACGACGGCUUUCUCAAGGAGGUACCCAUUCUCAGCGAUCUGGGUUCGUACGAGCGAAACAAGCUUGCCGACGCUCUCACGUCCCAGGUGGUUGAGCCCGGAACUGCCGUCAUCACCGAGGGAGAGGCUGGAGACGCCUUUUACCUCGUGGAGAGCGGAGAGGCUGAGGUGACUAAGAAGGGCGAGUCUGGCGUGGUGGCUACUCUUAAGCAGGGUGACUACUUUGGAGAGGUAGCUCUGUUGAACGAUCUGCCUCGACAGGCCACCGUGACUGCCAAGACCAAGCUCAAGGUCGCUACUCUUGGUAAGGAUGGAUUUCAGAGACUGCUGGGUCCUGUCUUGGAUCAUUUGAAGGAAAAUGACCCCACAAAGUAG